UUCCACUAAGGUGUCCCUAUCGCGUUUCCACUUAAAGUAAAAUAACAUUCCCCCGUCCUACUAGGAAGUGUUAGAAGCGGGCUGUGUGUAUAUGUACUCGCUACAUAUUACUCGUAUAUUUUCAGUUUAAGUAAGAAAUCUUCCCUGUCGUAUGUGGAAGUGUUACCAGAGUGCCUUGUCACCCAGGCUGAUAUACAGGACGGUUUCCAUACAGGACUGAUUAAGAGGAAAUGACUUAAUACCCGAAUUCCAGGAAUCUAACAGCAGUGACUCGUUACGAUCAGGAUUAAUUGGUGCUGUAGGCAUUCAAUCCAUCGGUCUUCAUAUAGGAAAUAGGAGAAAACAUCUUCACUCUAAGUUAGCUAUUGUCCUUUGAUAUAGAUAUUUAAUUCAUACAUGAAUCUGCUUUUAUAGGAACUAGCCGGAAAGCAAGCACUUCAAGAGAUUUCGUCGACAAUGCACACCUCAAUUGUGAGGGUAGAGUAAUUGAAACUGUAUCAAGCAGAACGCUACGAAAUAGAUAAGCACCGAAGUCCUGGAAAUAUCGAACCCGGUAAUAGCCAGUAUUCGUAUCAAAAUGGAAACCUUACCGGACAUUGUCUCUCGCACAAUUGCUUUACCCCAAGAGGGCCAUAAACUCCCCAUAUCCAUACUUAACAUGGCGUCACGACGGAAACUCGCCGAUAUGUUAAAUCCUGAGAGAGAACUUGAUGACAGCCUGGAACUGAUUCCUGAUUAUAGCGGUCUGGCAGAGCUCAUAAGCUUUAUGUACAAUGAAAUACUUGGGUUCCAGAAUGCGGAGAGCCCUACACACGCUCUUCUCAAUGAAUGGGAGAAACACAAUGAUAAAAACCCGUGUAUAGGACAGCUAUGGGUCCAUUUAGAAAAACUACAACGUGUAGACGUCAUGGAAGAAAGCAUAAAAUACAUAAGUAUAGACAUUGACAAUGAAUUACGACGCCGUGAAAAGCCGUCACACUCCUGUAAUAAGCUAGCGAAGGACGGUAUCGUCAUUGAUGACCAGCUGGUGCUAACGAAAGAGGACAUUAAAUACGGAUGCCCCCAAUAUUACGACGUUUUCGUUUGUUGGAACUCGGAAAGCGUAUCUGAUGCGCGUUUCGUCGAAAAGAUGGCUACGAAGCUAGAGGAUAAUCAUUUUAAAUUAUGUAUACCAACAAGGGACGACCUGCCUGGACAAGCACAGUACCACUCGUACGCAACUCUUAUCAAAAUACGAUGCCGCCUCAUGAUAAUUGUGCUGUCGGAGGAGUACCAUAAGAGUGUCGAGUGCGACUUCAUGACAAAGUUUGCGCAUGCUCUAUCACCAGCAACGAAGCAGAAGAAGUUAGUCCCAGUUAUUGUAAGUAAAAUGGACGUCCCGAACCUACUUCGUCACGUGACGCUUUGUGAUUUCACUAAAGAGGACAUGGUAGAUUGGAACUGGAAACGUCUACUGAAGGCUGUCAAGGACGUCAGCCCAGAUUGGGAAGAGGGCGAAGGCACGAAGGCGACGCAUGGUCAAAGUGCGGCCAAAGAUGACAAGAAGGAGAGAAAAACUAAUUUUUUCUCAAAACUUUUCGCGCGAAAAACCCACAAGCAGCAAAAGUGAUGGUCAGUGAGGGGGAAGAAGACAUGUAAAAUAUGACAGUUGAUAUACAAAUGAGGAAUGUGUGAUCUGGUUAAAAAUAUGAAUAGUUUGACGUACUUGUUUUUCGAGUUAUAAAUCUAUAUAGUGAACAACGGACUUAAAUGGCUUAUGCUAGAUGGAUAGGGCGCUUUAUCAAUAUUUUAUGAUAUAUAUGGUGUGUGAAAUAUAACUAACAAAGAUUGGACAAAAACGAUACCUGAACGUUACGUUACGGACACCAAAGCAAAUAGAUGCCUGUCAUUUGAAUGAUUGAUUGGAAGCUGUAUAAUGCAGGGUUUCUGAUGAUUUGUGAGCAGGUAAAAUAGAUCAAAAUGUACAACAUCGUCAUUAAACGAUGAUAUCUUCAGUUCAAGUGAGUGGACACGACUUGAACGACACCAUAAAACCCUUAAAAGAGGAGGCGUGACCAGGUGUUCCGGAAGGGUCAGCCUUUCCUGCCCCAAAUGUGGAAUCCGUCAUGAUAUAUCCGGUGAAUACUGUAGAAACAUUUUAGUUCACCGGCGAAUUAAGACGUUCUGUGUGGUAAAAUUUGUAAGCUAGACACUGAAAUCUCGUUGAUAAAGCAAAACAUGUCAUAAAAUGUACAGCCUCGUGCCAAAUCAAAGAAACAAGUAUUCUUCUCUUCCGUAUUUUAUACAUUUUAUUUUAUUUCAUUUUCCAUCGAUUUUUCCGGUAGUCAAUUGUAGCGCAAAAUUUUUGUAAGUAAAACAAAAAUCCAGAAAUUAUCUUUCAAUAUAACGCAAUUUAAUCUCGCUGGUAACAAACCUUUUCUUUGGCCAAAAUAAAUAUGUUAUCAGCCCUUAACGUAAAAAAAAAUGACGUCGCCGUUUGUAACGUCGCUUUUGAUUGGCUGAUACAGUGGUGUUAUAAUUUCUAAGAGAAAAAAAGUCAAUCAAUAAGAGUUGAUUUCCACAGGGAUUGUGUAUAGUAGAUUAUUCGCGGUUUAUUUAGAGUACAUUCCGUUUUUUUGUGUUUAAUUGACCUUUGAAUCACUGAAAAGUGUGAAAGUGCACGAAAUAUAUAGAAAAAAUGCUUGUAUCCUUUAAUUUUGCAUACGACUGUAGACCGACGCACUCUUUAUAGAUUAAAUUGGUCAACACGGCUGAUGUUUUAAACAAAUUGCUGACAUGUAAUCUCCGUUUGUAGAAUUGGCUAGACUGUUACUAAUGAGGAAAGGAGAGUGAAUAAAUGUGACUUCAAUGUCGUCACGUUUGACAGCGAGUGUUUUACCAUGGCCGCUUUCGUUUAUCGCGAUCCAGACGGUUGAACCGGCUGGACCAGAGUUGUUCGCUUAUGAAAUAAGGUCGGACCUAAUAAUCUGAUGCUAGUAAUCUGCACAAACUUUGCAAGUUCGCCAGGAUUAAUAUACGAAAAUGUUACAUUGAAUAAACGAACAGGCCUAUUGUUGUCAUACUGUACGUAAUUCUCCCUUUUUCUAUAUGUAAAUUCAGCCUCAUUAGGGAAUAGAUCUAUACAGAUAAUGAGAGAUAUAUGUCGGCUGAUCUAUUUCUGUUUACACUACUCGUACUAAAAUCAGGUUAAUGAACGUCUUAAUAAAAAUGCAGAUAACGCAGAACUUAUACUUGAAAACUAAGCAGGGUUGCGUAGACAUACUCCAUCAUUGAUAAUAUAUUUCAUGAACUGUUUAUAUAACCAUUUCUAUACAUACCUUGUCUUGAGAAUAGGACUGUGGAACAAAUUGAUAAAAAAAAUCACUAAGAUGGAAUAUGUUUCAAAGUUAGCGCUAAUAUGUACAAUGGAAUAAAGGCUAACGUUAUUAAAAGUGGCACAUUCUCGAAUGUUUUUUCUUGUAGUUCUGAUGGAAGACAGGGGUGAAAUCUAUCCCCAUUUCUUUAAGGAUCUAAAAGACUUUCUGAAAUAACAUGAAUGUAAAAGCCUUUUGAAUUAGGCGGGAAAACUAAAGAAUGAGUUACAAGUAUAUAUCAAAUUGUGCAUGUGUAUAAUGUUACAUGCAGAUGAUAACAUUUACUUUCAGAUUCUGUGGAAGAUUUACAAAAACAAGUUCUUAUUCAUAACUAUGGCACCUUAAAAUUACUAUCAAUUACACUAAAUGCAUGAGUUUUGGUAUAAAAGGCAGAAUCUCUGAAAAACGAACGUGUUACCUAUAAUGGCAGUAAUAUAUAAAUUAUGAAUAACUUCAAAAUGGUUUUGGUUCAUUUCACUCGAAAUAGUUUUACAUAUCUAAUAAUCAACUAAUUCCUACUAUGUUUGGACUAUGUAAUGUUACAAUACCAAUUCAACAGAGUAUAUGGAACAAUAUGCCUAGAGAACAGAGAAGCUGUAAAGUUUUUGAACUAUGAAAUUCGAGAUGAAUAUCACUAUUUGUACGACUGUUUGUAAAAUUCUCUAAACUGUGUUUGCAAGAAUAAAAAAAAAUGUCAUUGUCAA